AACUCUGGUUGACUUAUAACACGAUUGAGUGGGUCUUUUAACAGUGGACUUUUAAGGCUAUUUAUGACCAUUUGAGAUAUGCAGAGUAACAGAGAAAUGGUUUCAAUAUAGUGAAAGUGUAUCCACGGUAUGGAGAACUAUGAGAUAAAGACCAUGAUUGGCGAAGGCACCUACGGUGUUGUCUACAAGGCGCUGAAUCGCUCGACCGGCAAGUUCGUGGCCUUGAAGAGCGUGAAACGCAUUCCUGGGGUGGAGGGCUUGCCGUCGACUACCAUCAGGGAGAUAUCGCUGCUGCGGGAGCUGAAGCAUCCCAACAUAGUCACGCUGCUGGACGUCGUGAUCGUGGACAGCAGCAUAUGCCUGAUACUCGAGUACCAUUCCAUGAGCCUGCGGCAGUACCUCGAAUCGCUGCCAGCCAGCCAACUGAUGGACCUUAAGCUGGUCGGCAGCUUCCUCUUCCAGAUGACCAGCGCCAUCCUUUACUGCCAUCGGCGGCGCGUGAUGCAUCGGGACCUGACGCCGCAGAAUAUGCUGAUCGAUGGAGUGGGCCGCAUCAAGCUGGCCGACUUUGGCCUGGGCUGCUGUUUCCAGCUGCCCGUGCGCGCGCUCACCCACGAGGUGGUCACGCUCUGGUACCGGGCGCCCGAGAUCCUCAUGGGCUGCCCGAGGUACGCCUGCCCCGUGGACAUCUGGUCCAUUGGCUGCAUCUUCUUUGAGAUGAUCACGAAGCGGCCCCUCUUUCGCGGCGACUCGGAGAUAGAUCAACUAUUCUGCAUAUUCCGCUUGCUGGGCACCCCCAACGAGCAGUCCUGGCCGGGCGUAUCCACACUGCCCGACUAUAAGAGCACCUUUCCCAAGUGGAAAAGCAAUCAGUUGAGCCAGCUGAUGGCAGACCUGGACAUCUACAAUUCCGCUGUCGACCUGUUGGCCAAGAUAAUCGUCUAUCAGCCAGCGAAGCGCUUGUCCGCUGAGCAGAUCCUAGAGCAUGAGUACUUCAAUGAUUGGCAGUCGGGCGUUAAGAAAAACAAACAAACAAAGCGAAUUCAUGGAAUGGGAAUUAUAAUUGCCCUGAAGCCAUGUAGCACAGUGUAUAGAGUGUGA